AUGAGGUUGGGUCGAGCUUGUUGGCUGGUUCUCUUGGUUUGCUGGGCAUGCGCCACAGGCGCUCAACAUGAUGGGACGUCGCAGCAUGCAAUGCUGCUGGAGUCCAUGGCAAACACAAGCCAUGCUCCUGAUGAGAGCGCGAUGAACCUGCUUCCGAGUUCCGUUGAGCAGCAGGAUGUGAAGCAGGAUGAGGAGCAGGAAGGAGGCGGGGGAAGCGGAGGAGGCGGAGGAGGCGGAGCAGUGGGAGAAGAGGGAGGAGGACAUGCAGAAGCCAGAUAUGGCGCCGGCGAGCAUGCGCAAAAGACCUAUGAUGUCAACGAGCUCCGAGAGUUCGCCAAGUGGUCUGAGAGUCAAGUCAGGCCCUUGCGGCUCCCGCACCUUGACCAACAGCUGUCAAGGUUGAGAUCUCUCUCCGACGAGACGGGCAUGUCGUCGGCGCUCCUGUCGUGCAAGCUGGCGGUGGAGCAACAGGCGAAUCGGACGAUGCAGUACAUCCUUGCUCAACCUGAAGUGAUGAUGUGGAGGUUGCAACCGGGAGAUCAUCUCAAAGUCCGUGGGGUCGCGGGUUUUCGUGCCCUGACGCACCAUGCGAUCUACCUUGGAGAUGGGAAGAUAAUGCACUUCACUGGAGGAGUUACGGAUAAAGCCAACGCUACAUGCAAAAUAGACUCGCUGAGGACCAUAUACAACUACGGCAAGGCGAAGGGAAUGCAUAUCGAGGUUGUAGACCAUCCUCCCAACGCUCUUCCGCGCGAAGUGAUCGUUGAGCGAGCGAAGUCAAGAGUCGGGGAGACUGGAUACAAUCUGUUCAGCAAGAACUGCGAGCAUGUGGUCAACUGGUGUAUCCGAGGCGAGAUGCACUCGAUGCAGAUCCAGAGGCUGAGGAGCGACCCGCUGGGGCUGGGCAAGGAGAUCCUGCAGGAGCAGCUUGAGGCCGGAGAAGGAGUCUGCCUCGAGGAGAUCUGUCGGACACUCCUCCCUCCUACCGUCUGGCAGACGGCCAUGAUGCUGCAGGAGCGAGUUCGUCAAUCAUCGACUGUUAAGAAGUGGAAGGAGACUAUCCAGCAGGCGAUCAACGGUCGCGACAAGCCAACAAACACGUGGGAGGAGGGAGGAGAGUAG